AGAGAAUGAGUGUGUGUGUGAGAGAGAAUGAGUGUGUGUGUGUGUGUGUGUGUGUGUGAGAGAGAGAGAGAGAGAGUGUGUGUGUGAGAGAGAGAGAGAGCUUUCAGAGAGAGAGGUCAUGCAUAACAUGAGCUCCUAGUCUUUCUAGAGUUUCUUGCUUCUAAUAUGAGAAAUUAGGAGAAAAUCUCUUGAAAACAAGAAAAAUUCGUGGAACCUAAACAAAAGGACACUGGAGUGGACCCUACAACAAGGCUUCAGAAGGGAACGAACACAAAAACUGCUGGAGAAGAACCACCUACAAACUUCACGGAUUUAACAAAAAGGAUUAUUCCAUCUUAAAAAGGAUUUAACCACAAAAACUUUUUUUUUUUUUUUUUUUUUUUUUUUUUUUUAAUAACCUUUCCAUCUACAAACAACAAGGACCAAAAAUUGCAAAAGGACAAACAAAACCAACGGACCCCCAACUUUCCAUUUGAUGGAGGUAAGACAACAAGAGCUGUAUUCCAACUAAAAUAACUUUAAAAGCAAUCUGUCAAGAUAAAUUCAAGAUAAAUUCAACUAAAAAGGGAAACUUUUUAUAAACUCUUUUAUAAACUUUGCAAACAAACUUGACCAACUGUCUCCUGGCAUACUACAGCUAUAGAACGGUAUAGCAAUUUAAAAUAACAAAAGAGGGCCAUUGUCAUUCACACCUUCUGAUUGGAUUAACGGAGCCAUUACAAUCAAUAUCAAAGACCUGUAAACGGCAUUACCAUGGCAACACCAGCAAUGGGGACUGGAGCUCACACCUUUUCCUACCCCCCAGACAUCAAGUCUGAGAAGAGCAGACAACAACACAAGCUCAAAACUCAGAAGGAAAACCCAGAAACACUGUUUAAAGAUACUUUAAACAGUAGGGGCAAAACCAUCACCACAAACCUGCUCUUCUACACAGAACAACCGACUGCAUGGCACACCGCCUCCUGCACACUGUUCCAGUAUCACACCAAACAUGGAAUCUGUAAAGGCAGACAACUGUGCAUUUAUGAAGACGCAGAAAAAGACCCAGAGAACAGACACCUGACAAUAAACUUUUAUCAAAAUGGAACGGUAAUGAUACAGGGAAACAGUGCUGCCCUCACAAACUUUGAACAGACCUUCCACUGCUUAAAAGAUAUGGUGGAAAGAGAUGAAGCAAACCCCUGCAAGCAAACCCAUACAGACACACCAGAAGACACUGACCAAAAUGAGCCUUCAACCCACGACAACACAGAGAACAGGACCCCUCCAGAAACCACAGAGAACAUCAGUCUUCCCCAAAGCACAGGACUACACAACACAGUUGUCCAGCUACAGCACAGCUUAGCACUGCUAGAAGUGGAAAUAGUGGAACUGAGUGAGCAAGUCCACAUCCUGUCCACUAAAGACACUGAACAACUUAGAGAACAGCUGGACCAGAUGAGAAACCAGCUGAAAAUGUCCAUCCAAGAACUUAAAAGGGAAAUGGACACUCUGUAUCAGGACAGGCAAACACUCAAAAAAGACCUCAAAGAACUUCAACAGAUCAUGGGGAAGGAACUUUCAGAAAUGAAAGACUACAUGGGGAGGGAGCUUGCAUGCUUCAAAAAAGAGCUUCAACAAAGGGACAAACAGAUGGAGAACCUAACAACACAGAUGAGGUGUCUCACUACCCCUGUGAAUGCCCCCAAAGUCCCCCCUCCCUCCCCCACACCAACACCUACACAUCCAAAGUCCAGCAGCACAUCUCCGGCACCCACCAAACCAUCACAGCCCAGCAACAGCCAAAAGGAAGCAGGAACACCUGCAGCCUCCAAAAAACCAGAGAUCCUUCAGAAAAACAUGACAGCUACAACCCCAGCUGAGAAACAGCCAGUGAAAACAGAGGCUGACAUUGCCAUCCUCAUGGACUCCAAUGGGAAGUUCCUACAAGGAGAAAGACUUUUUCCAGGCCUUAAAACAACAAAACUCUGGUGCCCAAAAACAGGGGAUGCCCUCAGAAUACUUUCUGACUCCACCUUUGGCACACCCUCACAUAUCAUCAUACACACAGGCACCAACGACUUGAGAAGGGAACAGGAGAGAGUUGGGCAGCUGAUCUGCAGAGUAGCAGAGAAGGCUACAGAAAUCUACCCCAACACAAAGAUCACCAUCUCUACCCUCCUACCCCGCAGAGACAUCCACCCAGACACCAUCCAGAGAGUCAACGCUGACAUCUCCAAAGGAUGUGCUCGCCUGCCCAAUGUACACCUGGCUCAUCACCCCUCCAUCACAAUCAGGGACCUGUAUGACCAUGUACACAUAAAGAAGGACAAAGUCAAUGUGUUUGCAAAAACACUGAAAGACACAGCGUGGGGCAGACAAAACACCUUCACACCCCUGAAAACAACACAGCUGCGAACCUACAGAACACAAAACCAGACACCCAGCAUAAACCUACAAACUCAUCACAGAGAACGACCACCACUGGCUGCACAAUACCAGGGACCCCCACAACAUGCUAAAAUCCACAUCAGGAUACCCCAUGCACCAGCACUACACCACCACAGAUCUACACCAGCCCAUCAGCAGAAACCCCAGUUUGCACCAGAUCACCACCCAAGACACCCACAACCACAAAAACAUCACUCCAGGCAGAGAAGCAACAUGAGGAACAACCCAACAUCAGCAGCAGCAACCAGCCUUCCACCCGCUCAUGCAGCCUCAGGUGACAACACACCAAACCCAGCACCACUCCCACACUCCAGGAGCUACGCUCAGGCCCUGAAAGGACAAGCAAAUACACUAGAGAUGAGUGAGAUCAGACAGCUGCUGAACUACAUCAGUACCCAGCUGACAGCAUGAAAGGCCACACAGCAUGCAAACACCUGCCUAACAAUGAA